CGGGUAGUCUCGAAAAAAAGCGUAAAGUGUAGGUAAUAAAUAUUGCUACCGCAUUUUAUCUGCUGAUUGUUUUAAUAUUUUGAUUGCAAUUCUUCAGACAGAAAUGGCGUAUGCUUCUUUCAUCGGAGUUUUCAUUGGCUGUGCAAUUGGAGCCAUUACUCUUGUCAUUGCGUACUUCAAAUGGACCUACCAGUACUGGUCACGCAAAAAUAUACCACAACUUCCACCAGAGAUACCCUUUGGUAACAUGCCCAACCCGUUUAACAACAAACAGCACAUCUGCUUAAAUUCGAAACGUUGUUACGAUGAAAUGAAAGCCAAGGGAUGGAAGCAUGGAGGAAUCUAUACAGUAUUAACGCCUAUUUAUUUUGUCAUUGAUUUGGACUACAUCAAAAAUAUAAUGGUAAAAGAUUUUCACCACUUCGUAGAUCGUGGAGCGUACUGUAACGAGGAAGCAGAUCCUUUGAGUGCACAUUUGUUUUCCUUAGCUGGACAAAGGUGGAAAAAUUUAAGAGCCAAACUGACCCCAACGUUCACUUCCGGUAAGAUGAAAAUGAUGUUUCAAACGCUAGUGGACUGUGUGCCCAAUUUAUUGACAAAACUCGAAUCUGAUCGUGUGAAAAAAGUACCAAUUGACAUCAAAGAGAUACUGGCAUGUUUCACCACCGAUAUCAUUGGAUCGUGUGCGUUCGGUUUGGAAUUUAACAGCUUUAAGGAAGAGGAUUCGACUUUUAGGUACUACGGGCGUAAACUUUUCCAAGGUUCUAAGUUAAGAAUGCUUCGCCUAUUCCUCAUUACUAGUUUCCCUAAUUUAGCUAAGAAGUUAGGAGUGGUUGUGUUUCCUCCAGACAUUUCUAAUUUCUUCAUGAAAGUUGUUAAAGAAACUGUUGACUAUAGAGAGAAAAAUAAUCAGACACGCAAAGAUUUCAUGCAGCUAUUAAUAGAUCUCAAGAAUAAUAAACUUUCAAGUGAAAGCGGUUACAAACAUGAUGGCAACAGUUUAACAGUAGAGGAAAUCGCCGCUCAGAGCUUCGUUUUCUUCAUUGCUGGGUUUGAAACGUCUUCCACCACCAUGAAUUUUGCUCUCUAUGAACUCGCACGACAUCAAGAUAUCCAAGAUAAACUAAGAGAUGAGAUAAAUGCAGUGCUUGCUAAGAAUAAUGGCGAGAUUACCUACGGGGCAAUCCAAGAAAUGAAGUACAUGGAUCAAGUGAUUGACGAAACCUUGAGGAAAUAUCCACCGGUGUCCCGUCUUGCAAGAAUAUGUGUUAAAGACUACAAAAUUCCAGACCAAAAUGUGGUAAUAGAGAAAGGAACAGCAGUUGAAAUACCAGUUUAUGCUAUUCAUUACGAUAAAGAGUACUAUCCAGACCCUGAAAAGUUUGACCCAGAACGAUUUAACGAAGAAAAUAAGAGUAAGAGACACCACUUCACGCAUCUUCCGUUUGGAGAAGGUCCUAGGAUAUGUAUAGGUAUGCGCUUUGGUCUCAUGCAAUCAAAAGUUGGUUUAACGGCUUUGCUGAAAAAUUAUAAAUUUACGGUUAACAAGAAGACCAUGGAACCUCUGAAGAUAAAUCCAACUGGCGGUAUUUUAUCGGCAGAAGGUGACGUGUGGCUGAGUGCAGAAAAAAUUUAGAUUUUCAAAAAUAUUUUGUCAGUAUUAAAAAAUGUAAUCAUAAUAUACGUAGGUAAAUGGUUACAGUAGAUGUAAAAUGACAAUUACGGAAAUAAUCCUCUCGAUUUAAGUCUUAGUGUUUGUAAAAUUUUGUACUUGUUUUUACAUUUAUAAAAUUGUAUUAUCAUAAAAUUAAAGGAUAAAAAUAUGCAGACAA